AUGAAGAGACACCCCAUCAGUGUAGUAAGUAACGACUUAUUAAUAGAAAUCUCUAACUGUAGGCUACCUGGAAUUUUCAUUUAGCCAAAUGAGGAUGAUGCCUCUCUUGGAAUGUCUGUUUUUGUAAAUUCGAUUUUGAUUUCAUGCAGCUGUGUAAAGAUGCCCUCAUACUGUGUAUCCUGUCAUCCAUUCUGGUUCAUCAGGAAGGAAUAUUAUGGUGAAGGAACAUAUUCCCAGGGUAUAUAAUGUUUUAAGUGUGACCUACUUAAGGUAGUUUAUAAGAGAGGUGAAUUGUUCUCACAUUUAGAAAUGUUGUUUAGGUUGUUAUCAGGCUGGUAGUGGAUCACAACAGAAAAUAAAGCAUCCCUGGCAUUCCCUGCAAGUGAUAACAGCACUGUAACCCAGUGUUAUAGAUGGCUUUACUGGAAGUCUAGUCUGGUCCAACAGACUGACCAGCACAGCGUUCUGUCUGGUUUAUGAGACUGAAUCAAGUGCAUUCUUACUGGUAACAUCCUGAUCAAUGCAAACAUCAGAAUCGUUUUAAUCUAUGCUUUUCCUUUUCAUCCAGUUUAGCGCUGUACAUCUUUUCCACCAACUGAAGCUGUCUGUGGUGUAGCUGUGGGGCCAGGGAACCACUGAUGCUCAGGAUAGGGGUGGGGUUGUUAGGGCGGAGUAGGGCGGAGCUGGGCGGAGCUGGGCAGAGCUGGGCGGAGUGAGAGAACAGAGUAGGCCCUGUUGAUGGAGAUGACCAGGGGUGGAGUCAAUACUGACCCAUAGAAAAGUAUCUAUCUGAUUUUGGGAUGGGGUGUUGUGGGCUUUUAACCAGGGUCAGAGGAUCAAUAUGCUGUACAGUCAGUCACCUACACUAACCUUUCUUUACCUGCUUGGUUUGCUUGACCAUAAUCUGUUCAGUAAAGAUGUAAUAAAAAGGAGAGUUGUUUUGGAUCCUGACAGUGGAUGGAAUGCUAGUGCAGAGAUGUUCCACUCCUCUGUCUGUCUGUCCGUCCGUCAGACCAUCCACAGCACACUGUUCCACUCAUGUAUGUCCGUCUGUCUGUCCACAGCAUACGUCUCACAGCAAUGGGCGCCAGGAGGUCACCACGCGCUCCGUCCGCUCAGGAGUCCGAACCCGGAACUCUGGUGCCGACGAGCAGCCUCAUGUGGGGAACUACCGACUCCUGAAGACCAUUGGGAAGGGCAACUUCGCCAAGGUCAAGCUGGCCCGUCACAUCCUCACUGGCAGAGAGGUGAGAGGAGAGACUAGGCCUGGAGCAGGACAGCCUGCUGUUGCCCCUUUCUGGUUUACCUAGCUUCACUAGUCGAUUCAUUCCCCUCUCAAUAGCGUUGUGCAAAUAUUAAUUGUGUCUUGUUCAUAAGUAGGGGACAUCUAAAAAAACAAGAUAAGUAAUGUAAUGUAUGUAUGUGUGUGCUGUGUUGAUCCCAGUGAAGGGUCCUCAGAGGAUAAUUGUUUAUACUGAUAGUUCAUCUUUUACACACUUUGAUUUUGCUCUCUGUUCAGGUGGCGAUAAAGAUUAUUGACAAGACACAACUGAACCCAAACAGCCUUCAAAAGGUAAGGAUCCUCCCUGUGUGGCUGUGAUUCCCAGUACACUUAUUGAGGUUGUGUGGCGAAAUAGAUAAUUUGUGAUUGUGGCUGUGUAACCACUGACCUGUGUAGUUUUGGCCCUGUGCCUGUGCCCUGGUUGUGGCUGUGUAACCACUGACCUGUGUAGUUUUGGCCCUGUGCCUGUGCCCUGGUUGUGGCUGUGUAACCACUGACCUGUGUAGUUUUGGCCCUGUGCCUGUGCCCUGGUUGUGGUUGUGUAACCACUGACCUGUGUAGUUUUGGCCCUGUGCCUGUGCCCUGGUUGUGGUUGUGGCCGGUCAGAGGGCAUUAUUGAUAUGACUGAUGUGCGGUAGCAGGCAGGUUUAGACAGACAGACAGACAGACAGAGAGAGAGCAUGACCAGGGCAUACCCAGGGUGCUGCUGUGGCCGUUGGUAUUCUGCCCGCCCUACUGAGACUCAGAGUAAGUAUCUCUCUCACUCGCUGCUUAGCUGCAGUUUCCAUCUGUUUUUCCAAAGCACCAUUGAUUCGGUGCUUUGUAUUUAAGGCCUGGCCCUUUGACAUAGGCUGUGCUAAGUCAACAGAAAAACUCUGAGUAGGGCCCUAUAAAAUCAGCGUUGCGGAUGGAAUCACGGAAUACAGACAUUAAAAUGGAAUUCAACAAUAUUAAAAAAUGUAUUGAACUUCAGUAGGAAAUCAACUACUGAACAAAAAUAUUAACGCAACAUUCAACAAUUUCAAAGAUUUUCCUGAGUUACAGUUCAUAUAAGGAAAUCAGUUAAUUGAAAGAAAUUAAUUAGGCCCUAAUCUAUGGAUUUCACAUGACUGGGCAGGGGUGCAGCCAUGGGAGGGCCUGGGAGGGCAUAGGCCCACCCACUGUGGAGCCAGGUCCAGCCAAUCAGAAUUAGUUUUUCCCCACAAAGGGCUUUAUUACAGACAGAAAUUCUCCUCAGCUUCUGUUGACAAUUUAGUAAUAACCCCUAGGAAUAGUCAUGUUGUGUUGGGUACUUGAUUUAACUCAUUUAUAGCAAUACAAAGCUACAAAUAUCUUCCCUAAAUGUCCCCUUUGCCAAUUGAAAUCCCCUUGUCUGACAUAGGCGAUGAUGUAUGAACAAUAGGAACUCUAUCUCUCAAUCAUCAACACAUCUAAGUACAUAACAAAAAGGUCAAGGGGUCAGGGUACACUGAGAAGAGGAGCCUACAAAAUGCAGGUGGUUCUGUUAUUGGGACAGUAAAUCAGAACAUGGUCUGUGUAAGAAGGCCUCUUAAGCUGAAAUCUUUGUUUUCAUCCUCUGUUUUUAAUAGCUCACAUCUGUGACAAGCUCAUUGUAAUCUAUUCACCUCCAUUCCUCCCUAGCUCCCUCCCUCCUUCACUGAAGGUCACAUGACCAGACUAGGCUGUUGUUGCCCAGUUUAUAGGGCAAAGGUUAGGGAAAUGGCAAAGCCCUUUGAUUAAAUGUAAACAGUUUGUUCUCAGAUGUUGUUUGGAGUCUGGUGUGGUGUGGCCUCUGCUUCUAUUGCUCUCCUACUCCCUUCUCCUCAAGUCACCACAGAGCAGAACUAAAGCUGUGUUUAAGUUCAGUAUAGGGUAAUGAGAGCAGAAGCAGUGCUCACUAAUAAACGUCGAACUGACUGUUAAAAUGUGACCUGCUGUGACAGUUAGCUUGUAGCAUAAGUAAAGAUUAUUUAUCCAUAUAUUAGUGCACUGGUAAGUAGUGAUCGGGGGAAAAAAUUUGAUAGUUACAUUUUUGGAUAGUAUUUUUGACAAUAUUGCAAUAUUAUUUUUGAGCUAGUUGGCUGUACCUGCACCAAAACUCCAGUAUUUGUCCUUUAUAGCUUGUACACCAUCUUCUUUUUAGAUUUUUUCUCUUGUCCCUCUGCAGAAGACAUACGGUGAGCAAUAUGUUUGGAACAUCGAAAACGCAAUAAAAUCACAAUUUCGAAUUGCAAUACAUAUCGUAUCGGCACCUAAGUAUUGUGAUAAUAUCAUGUAGUGAGGUCCCUGACAAUUCCCAGCCCUACUGGUAAGGCUGGAUUGUUGGCAACAAAAUCUACAUAGAACUGUUGUGUCUCUUUUGAUCUUUUGGCAGUUUUGUUAUGGGGCCCUAGCCUGGUGGUUCCCAUGUGGUCUGUUUGUGUGUGUGCAAGAACUGACCGGUUCCGCUCUUUAUCACUACAUAAGCCUGUCAAUACUGCUGUAAGAGAGUGUUAUCUGUUCCCUAUGGUAUUCUCUAGACAAAACCAUGAAACUCAACCAGCAACCACAGAUAGGGGAACUCUGUUUUUUACAAAACAAUGAUAAGCCUGCCUGCCUAUCCAUGACAUGGAAAAUGGUCCAGAACAGACUAUGGGAGGUGCACAGUACUGCAUAGAGCCAUGACUACAUGGAACUCUAUUCCACAUCAGGUAACUGAUGCAAGCAGUAGAAUCAGAUUUAUGGACAGCGGGUACUGUGAAGAGACGCACAGACACACGCACGCUAGCACACGCUAGCACACGCACUCUACAUACACGUACAUUGUAAUAUUAUUAUUUUGUAUUGUAGAUACGUAGUGGUGUAAUAAGUUAUAUAAUGUACUGUUUUAUCUUUUGUUUUGUGUGAUGUAAGUGCCUUAAUGUGUUUGUACCCCAGGAAGAGUAGCGCUAAUGGGGAUCCCUAAUAAAUACAAAUACAGUGCCUUGCAAAAGUAUUCAUCCCCCUUGGCGUUUUUCCUAUUUUGUUGCAUUACAACCUGUAAUUUAAAUUGAUUUUUAUUUGGAUUUCAUGUAAUGGACAUACACAAAAUAGUCCAAAUUGGUGAAGUGAAAUGAAAAAAAAUAACUUGUUUCAAAAAAUUAUACAAAAGAAAUAACGGAAAACUGGUGCAUAUGUAUUCACCCCCUUUGCUUUGAAGCCCCUAAAUCAGAUCUGGUGCAACCAAUUACCUUCAGAAGUCACAUAAUUAGUUAAAUAAUGUCCACAUGUGUGCAAUCUAAGUGUCACAUGAUCUGUCACAUGAUCUCAGUAUAUAUACACCUGUUCUGAAAGGCCCUAGAGUCUGCAACACCACUAAGCAAGGGGAACCACCAAGCAAGUGGCACCAUGAAGAACAAGGGGCUCUCCAAACAGGUCAGGGACAAAGUUGUGGAGAAGUACAGAUCAGGGUUGGGUUAUAAAAAAAAUAUCCGAAACUUUGAACAUCGCACGGAGCACCAUUAAAUCCAUUAUUUAAAAAAUUGAAAUAAUAUGGCACCACAACAAACCUGCCAAGAGAGGGCCACCCACCAAAACUCACGGACCAGGAAAGGAGGGCAUUAAUCAGAGAGGCAACAAAGAGACCAAAGAUAACCCUGAAGGAGCUGCAAAGCUCCACAGCGGAGAUUGGAGUAUCUGUCCAUAGGACAACUUUAAGCUGUACACUCCACAGAGCUAGGCUUUACGGAAGAGUGGCCAGAAAAAAGCCAUUGCUUAAAGAAAAUAAUAAGCAAACACGUUUGGUGUUCGCCAAAAGGCAUGUGGGAGACUCCCCAACAUAUGGAAGAAGGUACUCUGGUCAGAUGAGACUAAAAUUGAGCUUUUUGGCCAUCAAGGAAAACGCUAUGUCUGGCACAAACCCAUCACCCCGAGAACACCAUCCCCACAGUGAAGCAUGGUGGUGGCAGCAUCAUGCUGUGGGGAUGUUUUUCGUCGGCAGAGACUGGGAAACUGGUCAGAAUUGAAGGAAUGAUGGAUGGCGCUAAAUACAGGGAAAUUCUUGAAGGAAACCUGUUUUUCUUCCAGAGAUUUGAGACUGGGACGGAGGUUCACCUUCCAGCAGGACAAUGACCCUAAGCAUACUGCUAAAGCAACACUCGAGUGGUUUAAGGAGAAACAUUUAAAUGUCUUGGAAUGGCCUAGUCAAAGCCCAGACCUCAUUCCAAUUGAGAAUCUGUGGUAUGACUUAAAGAUUGCUGUACACCAGCGGAACCCAUCCAACUUGAAGGAGCUGGAGCAGUUUUGCUUUGAAGAAUGGGCAAAAAUCCCAGUGGCUAGGUGUGCCAAGCUUAUAGAGACAUACCCUAAGAGACUUGCAGCUGUAAUUGCUGCAAAAGGUGGCUCUACAAAGUAUUGACUUUGGGAGGGGUGAAUAGUUAUGCACGCUCAAGUUUUGUUUCAAUGUGAAUACCACCCUGGUCUUCGUUGUCCUCAACACAGGCUGACUUCCCCAGUACAGAGCAUGUCAUGUCUGUCUGUCUGUGUUUCUUGAUAGGUGAACAGUUAGGAUGUCAUUAAGCUGUAUGUUCCAGACAUGGUGAUAUAUUUCCUCCUAUGCAUUGACUGUUGCAGCACCAUGUAUUGGGUAAUGCCAGCUGCACAGUAGGAGCCAGACAGGCCAGCGCAUGGCACAGCAUCAGGCACGGGUCCUGCUCUAUUAAAUAUGGAUGACUUUUAUUAUUUUAUGGAUGGAUGGGAGCACAGCGAGCUGUAGUAAAAGGGGGAUCAAUAAUAAAUAGCACUGAGUUAUUUUAUUCCCACUGAGAUUGAACCCUAAAGAGUAUUUUAGGCUCUGACACAACUCUGGUCACUCUCUAAUGGUUAUGGAGCAUUUGUCUAGUGUGUGUGUCUGUGUCUGUGUCUGUGUCUGUGUCUGUAUGUGUCUUGCUCAAAUAACGUUGAAUCCGGUAAAGUCUAAGGUUCUGAAAGAACGGCGAGGACAAUAAUCGGAACUUCACUUCAUAUUCUUUAAUUCCACGAUGUACGCAGGAAAAUACACACAGGGAUGAAAAUGACAGAGUAUUAUAAACCCAUAGAUUUAUGAGGAGGUCCUAGAGAGUGCCUACUUUGAUUGACACACAAGAUUUCUCCUUGAUUGGUUAAUAUAGAACGGUGGGUAGGCUGUAUGCAAAAUAUAAAUGACAUUUGUACAUAGAUAGGAGAAAAUUAAUUAUGUCUGGAAAAUGUAUCGUAGAAACAAAGCAAUCUUGCAGCUGUCUGAUAAUAGGCAGACUAAACCAUGGGAUUUGGCGAAUAAGACAAAAGCAGGCCACAGGUGCCUGAUAACGAACAACGAUAUAUUCUAGAUGUUUGUGAAAACCAGACUAUAGUGCUUGGGAAAUAUUUGGGCAGAGAUACAUUUUCUCAGAGAACUGCUCUGUAAGCGAAAACUGUAUCAGUGUCUGUCAUCACGUGUCCGUGAUCUUUUCUGUCUAAGUCAGCCAACUGUCUUUCCUACAUUUUGCCUUUCUUACUACUAUUACUACUGUAAGUGUUAGUAUCAUGCUGUUUAUGUAAUGCCUGAUCGGCCCUGGGAAGGGCUGUGGCGGUCAUGACAUUUCGUCAGCUGAUGAUUGUCAAGCAAAUAACUGUCGGUCUCACGGUAAUUUACCGUUAAUUAACAUAAACACAUUUACCAUCUCCUGGUUUCUACACCUUCACAAUAAAUCCAUUAUUUAUUUUAGACAGGUCUAAAGAAGCAUGAUAUGAAGAAAAUGUAGUCUAUUUCAGAAGAACAGAAUAGCAUACUCUGAGUUGUCCUUAUGUUAGGUCCUGAUCUGGCUAUGCCAAAUAGCUGUGGGCUACACUAGUUCAUUUAGCAGACAAUAUUUGCUUAGAAUUCCAUGGCAUUAUUUAAUAGUAUGAAGAAUACAAUUGAACAAAGCUGAAUAAAAUAGAAAGGAUAUUUUCUCCAAACGAUUUGAGGGAGUGCGCACAUGCAGCUAUUCUGUGUUGAGAGGUUAACAAAGAAAUAGUUACUCCUAUAUGCUUCAUUUAGAGUUAUUCAUUUAACUUUAGUUGUUCUACAAACGUUGGGCUAUAUGUAUUGAUUUUUAAUACAUUGUAAGGCUGCAUGAUACGACUAAUGAUGAUUUGAAAAAAGUAACUUGAAAGGCAUGAGCUCUGCUUAGUGUUUUCUGCAGGCUGUACACACUACAUCAGUCACUCAUUCACAAUUUGACAAGCACUUGAUAAUGUCUUGAAUUUCACGGCGGCAACCCUUUUGUGUGGCUGUAGUGCACCCUAAAAAAAAUCUAUGCCUUUUGCUGCCAGUGGCCGUUGUGCCCUUCUCCCUGAGUGCUGAGCACUCCGAAUCACCUCUCACUCACAUGGCUCUCCAUCACGUGAUCGGGUCUUUCUCACAGGCUACAAGUGAAGACAGACACAUCGGGGACGCAACUGUGCGCGUCCUUAUCCAAUUCCGAGGUGCAUAUUGAAGAUAUUGGAAGAACUGUCCACAUUUACUUUUCGUCAGCCCACAAGAUGAGUAGGCCUAACGAACAGCAAAAGCACUAGCCUAUGUCAAUCUACUAUCCCCCAUAGUACAAAAGCCGACCUAUUCUGUGCGAGAAAUAAAUAUUCCAAACAUAGUCUGGGGUAGUUGUGGGAUGCGAUAGAUCCCAAAUUAAUACAACCACUAGCAUCAAAAAAACGUUUUCUUAUGCAAUGUGAUCAGAAUGUUUAGCUUUAAAAUGUUGAUGAACUCUUAGGCUAUUUCUUCACGUUAUAAGCGCAGCAAUGUGCACAUGGUAGUAGGCUAUAUGCGCGAAUGUUCCACUAGCGGAAAACACCAUUAUCAAAAUCGACUGCAAAUGCAAUUAUGCAUGUAAUGCUUUUAUUAUAAAGGUGCCUUUUUAUGGUGUAAAUGAUCUUCCCCAAACUUGAAACUCACGCGCUGCAUAUGUAUGCCAGUUAGGCUCUACACCCCUUGUAAAGCGGAUUAAUAUGCUUAAUUCUAAGAAGUUAUUUGGCCACUUUAGUAGUGAUACAAAACGUAUCAAAACAUAUAGGCCUAUGGGCUAGGCUACAUGAGGUGUGCGACUAUGAUUAGAAAAAGUCGCAAAAAAAGGCAUUGUUUCUUAUGCUGGGCAUCAUUCACAAGCGAUAAUAUAUCAUUCACAAGUGAUAGGCUAAUAUUGUCACCCUUCAGACUAUUCUUGAUUUAAUCUUGUCUUUACAUACACUACCAGUCAAAAGUUUGGACACACCUACUCAUUCAAGCGUUUUCCUUUAUUUUUUACAUUGUAGAAUAAUAACGAAGACAUCAAAUCUAUGAAAUAACACAUAUGGAAUCAUGUAGUAACCUAAAAAGUGUUAAACAAAUCAAAAUAUGUUAUAUUUGAGAUUCUUCAAAUAGCCACCCUUUGCCUUGAUGACAGCUUUGCACACUCUUGGCAUUCUCUCAACCAGCUUCACCUGGAAUGCUUUUCCAACAGUCUUGAAGGAGUUCCCACAUAUGCUGAGCACUUGUUGGCUGCUUUUCCUGCACUCUGCGGUCCGACUCAUCCCUCAUCUCAAUUGGGUUGAUGUUGGGGGAUUGUGGAGGCCAGGUCAUCUGAUGCAGCACUCCAUCACUCUCCUUCUUGGUAAAAUAGCCCUUACACAGCCUGGAGGUGUGUUGGGUCAUUGUCCUGUUGAAAAACAAAUGAUAGUCCCACUAAGCCCAAAUCAGAUGGGAUGGUGUAUCACUGCAGAUUGCUGUGGUAGCCAUGCUGGUUAAGUGUGCCUUGAAUUCUAAAUAAAUCACAGACCGUGUCACCAGCAAAGCACCCCCACACCAUAACACCACCUCCUCCAUGCUUUACGGUGGGAACUACACAUGCGGAUAUCAUCCGUUAACCCACACGCGUCUCACAAAGGCACGGCGGUUUGAACCAAAAAUCUCAAAUUUGGACUCCAGACCAAAGGACACAUUUCCACCGGUCUAAUGUCCAUUGCUUGUGUUUCUAGGCCCAAGCAGGUCUCUUCUUAUUAUUGGUGUCCUUUAGUAGUGGUUUCUUUGCAGCAAUUCGACAAUUUUUUUUGCUACCCUUCCCCGGAUCUGUGCCUCGACACAAUCCUGUCUCGGAGCUCUACGGACAAUUCCUUAAUGGCUUGAUUUUUGCUCUGACAUGCAAUGUCAACUGUGGGACCUUAUAUAGACAGGUGUGUGCCUUUUCAAAUCAUGUCCAGUUAAUUGAAUUUACCACAGGUGGAUUCCAAUGAAGUUGUAGAAACAUCUCAAGGAUGAUCAAUGGAAACAGGAUGCACCUGAGCUCAAUUUCGAGUUUCAUUGCAAGGGGUCUGAAUACUUAUGUAAAUAAGGUAUAUCUGUUUUCUAUUUUUUAUAAAUUUGCAACCAUUUCUAAAAACCUGUUUUCACUUUGGCCUUAUGAGGUGUUGUGUGUAGAUUGAAGAGGAUUUUUAUUUAUUUAAUCAAUUUUAGAAUAAGGCUGUAAUGUACAAAAUGUGGGAAAAGUCAAGGGGUCUGAACUUUCCAAAUGCACUGUAUAUAUUAUACAAUUCCACUUCUAACAGUUCCCUACUGUCUCUCUUCUCUGACACAUCCAGUCCAACACUGAAAUAUUUAUUAAUUUAUUUUCUCUCCCUGCAGCUCUUCAGAGAAGUAAGAAUAAUGAAGAUUUUAAACCACCCAAAUAUAGGUAAGCAGAACACACACACACCUCCAUACACCACACACCACCAUACACCACACACUUGAGUUACAGCUGGUGAAGGAGACAGGAUUCUCUAUUAAUUGCGUUUCAUUUUGUACCCCACGCAUGUCAUGAUUUCCUCUGCUCAAAUGUGAUUAUAAUUAAAUGCACAAUGAUAACCAUUUAAAAGAGCGAGAGAGAGAGAGCAAGCCUCUUCUUCAUCCCACCUCCACUAUAUAUAGCCAUAGAGCUCUCAGCCACUCAUCAUCCAGAGACUGUUAGAACAGCUCACUGAAAACACUGCAGGGACGCUGAUUUUACACUGUAUACCAAAUAAGCAUGAGUGCCCUGUAUAAUAUGUCCACAUGUGAGAUAUGGUAGGUGUGAGAGUGUACGACUGGGUUACACACACAGGCACGCAUGCACCAACACACACACACACACACACACACCGUUCUAAGAUGAGGAAGUGGGGAGAUUAGUUGGAGGAGUGAUCAAAGGAAAUGAGAAAUACAUUUCUUCAGUUUCCUCAGGCUCCUCAAGGCUUUUAGCAGUAGAAAAUCUGAAUUCUUGUGAACUGGAUUCCUUGCUCUAAGCUACGACAGCUUGCUCUUGAUACUGAGGAACAGAAACUCCCUAGAAACAUCUUGCCCAGCUAUCCAGGACAAGCAUUUUUACAAAGUUGAGCCAGAAAGAUGCAAUUCAUAAUUGAUAUUGAGUGUGGGCCUGAAUUCAAAGACAAAUCUUUCUCUUUUCCCCUCAGUCAAGCUGUUUGAAGUGAUCGAGACAGAGAGGACGCUGUACCUGGUGAUGGAGUAUGCCAGUGGAGGUGAGUAGUAUGUUAUGCCUUGGCUUCUCAGCCCUCAUAACUGCUGUGAUGGCAUAGGGCUUGGUGAAGAGCCAUACGGGAAACUAGGGCUGUCCCCGACUAAAAAAAGAUAUUGGUCGACCGAGAGUCAUCUGUUCUUUCGACCAAUUGAUAAAACGUGUAUUUUUCCAUAUAUAGACACAUCCUAUGUGUUUUAAUCAAAUCAACUAUAUGCAGUGAGCUUGUCUGAUGCUUUAAGCGCACUGUUUGAUUAAAUAAUUAAGACACACUAAUGACUGGUGGGAGUCCGACCGCAAUUGAUUUGAUUGUGCAGGGCCGGGCUCAGACUUGAGUUUUAAAAAAUGACAGCGAGUGACUGUGUGACUAGCACUCGUUGUCUCUCUCGCCUCCCUGCUGCAUCGACCACCAAAGCGUUUAUCGCGCUGUCCGUGUUGCUGAAGCUGCAACGUAAUUACAGCCAUUUCUGACUGAAAAGUUCUGUUACUGAAAUCCCUCAUUUGUUUAGGAAAAACUCUCUAUUCCCUCAACCCUUGCUCUCUUUACGUGACACAUGUAUGCAUCGCAUGCACAUGACCAAUAGGGCCUGAUCUAUAGCAUAUCAUAAUCACAUCAAUAAAUUAAUUAUAACAAAUUCCAAACACCGUAACACAUGUGACAGCAAAAUGGAUGCAAAGGACAUGACAAAUAAACUAGAAACGGGGAAUGUUUACAGGUUGCUCAGGAGGUAAAGCGGAAGUCAGAUGUGGGGAAUAAAUUUGACUAGUUGUGGAAAAUACUGGAAAUCAAGAAAAAUAAGGUAAGGAGCAAGCGCUGCGUGCAUAUUAUGUGUGCCAAACAGGUGCUGUUAGAUUACAGUAUAAUUUCUCUCACCGUUUGGAACAAUGUAAACAAAACUAAAUAAAUGAUGAGCAUACCAGAGAGUCUGUAUGUUUUUUUUUGUUGUAAAGCCUUUAUAACAGCAAAGACUAAAACCAGUCGCAUUCAUUCAUUAAUGCAAUUUCCAAAAUUGAACGGUUUAUUUAUUGUUUACGCUAAUUAUUCAAGGAUCACUUUGUUAUUUUUAAAACUAAAAUGCUUGAUUGCAUUUCAAAUCAUGAGUGACUCGUAUGCUAUGUGAUGACAUGAAUGAAUGAUUGAUUGAUGCAGUACUGUAGCUUAUAUAUGUAUUGAAAUAUAGGCCUAAGUAAGUUACGGUAUUAAGAAUAAACAGGAUAAGCUCUUAGGCCUACAGCUCGAUGGUGGUUAUACAAGGCUGCUAUACUAAGCCUACUAAUGAUAAUUACAUUACUUAUAAUUAUAAUAAUGAUAAUAUAACAGUAAUAACAAUAAGGAGAUCAAGAAAAAGGAGGGUUAUUAUAAAUACACAUUUUCUGACAAUUUGGAACAGUGUAAACAACACUAAAUACAUUUAUAAAUAAUACCAGAGAGGCUAUUCUAACGAAAAACUGUGUAAAGCCUUUAUUACAGCAUAGCAAACAGCCAAAUUUGUGAAAUUGUUUAAUAGCCUACUGAUUCCAUGAGCACCAAGCCUUCGUGAGCACCAACCACAACAUGUCGGAUAAACAAACACUCAAGCAGGAUCUGUCUUAUUUCUGUAGAUAUAUAUGGAUGAUUUAGAAAGCCAGACACAUUUAACAGUUAGGCUAUUGAUUAUAGACCUAAUUAAGUUGGGGUUUCCUCUCUCCUCACUUUUCUUAGACAAUUAAGGAAAAGGCUGUUUUCUCAUCUCCUAACUCCGAAGCUGCCUCCACAGCAUUGUUCUCAACAGCAAUAUGCUGGUUAACUUUGCUAUUAUGCACAUAGCAACAUGGUCUAGGAAAAGGCACCAAUUCAACAGCGCACUGAUGUGUUUCAGAACCGCGCACAGUGACCGCUAUCCAACGCGGGAGAAAGCUCAUCUGUUAUAAAAUAAUAUAUUGUUGCACCAUUGUUCCUACAUAAUAUAACCAUAUACAAUUGCCAUCCCCACGGCCUCCACAAUGGAUUAGUCCACUCAGACAGGCACCAAUCAAACAAGUGUCUUGUACACCAUGAAUUUAUUUAUAUUUUUUGCUACUGCUCGACUAAUGAAAUCUCAGUCAACCAACAGCCUAUUGACCAAACAAUCGACCAGUCGACUAAAUGGGGUCAGCCCUACAGGAAACAUAUCAUAUUCAGAACAUUGCAACAGUGGCCAUUGCCAACCUACUUUUAGGAAAUCUAAAAUGUGUGUUGACACAUCCUGCAUUUAGAGCAGAGUUGGAGGUCACUGGUGACUCUCUUUUGCGCACAUAGGCCUACAAGCUCGCUCGCACACACUCACACACUCACUUGUUGCCACCGAAGAUCAACACUGAGUGUGUGUGGGAGGGUUUCGAGGAUGCAGAACAAAAGGUUUAUGGGGCAAGUUGUGUUAAUGCUGGACCCCCCCUUCUCACCCCCUAACCUCUCAGCUGCUGUUAGCUGCUGUUAGCACACGAGAGAGCUGUGUCACAUUUUAGCAUGGACGGGUAUGAGGGAACACAACACACAGAUGCGUGGGCUGAAGAAACCAUCUGAUGUUGCAGCCAUACUCGGAAGCUUGUGCCUUCAGGACAGAGCUACAGUAAAGGAAUUAGAGUUCUGUGUCUCUCUGUAGGCGUGAGGAACAGUUAGGUUCACAUGCUCCUCAUACUGUGUUUCAAAUAGUUAUUGAUUUGGUUUUGAUUAUUCUCUAAACCAGGGCUGUUCAAUGUCGGUCCUGGAGGGCCGUAACACUUCUGGUUUUCAUCCUCUCCUUCUAAUAAGGGUCUAAUUCAGACUUGGGACACCAGGUGUGUGUAAUUAACUACCAGGUAGAAACAAGAAACUGAAGUAUUUCGGCCCUCCAGAACCGGAAUUGAACAGCCCUGCUCUAAACCUUGACCUUAUUCGAUGUACAAAGUGUUGAUGUUUUCAUACCGUUUUCCCUUUGAAAUACACAGCCUUUAAUUUCAGCCUCUUACUGUUGUCUUCUUUCUCUUGCAGGAGAGGUCUUCGACUACCUUGUUGCACACGGAAGGAUGAAGGAAAAAGAGGCCAGGGCUAAAUUUAGACAGGUAGGUACAGGACUUUACCCGCAGUGUGCUGGAUUCUCACCCUGCCUGCCUGCCUGUCUGCCUGGCGAUUCGUCACUAGUCAGUGUCCUGACCCACCCAGGAUUGACUGCUGUCACUGUUAAGUUAUGAGAAGUGACAAAACACAGAGCUCCCCUCAUUUCUUAUCUCUCUCCCACUGACGGUGACACACUGGGGAUGUGCUGCCUACGCACAGCUCUCUGCAGUAGGAGGAUAGUCAGGCACACUCAGCAAUGUCGAGGCUAUAGCUAACUACUUCCCUGGUCUGACUGCAGGUUCAUCUUACUGCAGAGUUUCAUUGGGAGCUCUAAUACACGGAUAAACUUAGAGCAGAUGCUCACACAGGAAGAGGAGACCCAGUUUUCUCUAAGCUUCAUGUCUACACUCUGUUUCUGAGACACUGUCUCUCUCUAGCUGUGUCUGUCCUCUCACUCGACACCACAUGUCCUCACCACAUCCUUCACCUAGGGGGGGUUGUACACCACAUGUCCUCACCACAUCCUUCACCUAGGGUGGGUUGUACACCACAUGCCCUCACCACAUCCUUCACCUAGGGGGGGUUGUACACCACAUGUCCUCUCCACAUCCUUCACCCAGGGGGGUUGUACACCACAUGUCCUCACCACAUCCUUCACCUAGGGGGGGUUGUACACCACAUGUCCUCACCACAUCCUUCACCUAGGGGGGGUUGUACACCACAUGUCCUCACCACAUCCUUCACCUAGGGGGGGUUGUACACCACAUGUCCUCUCCACAUCCUUCACCCAGGGGGGUUGUGAAAACUGUGCCAGGUGGAAGACUGUAACUGUAUCACUCUGUAUGUGUGUUUCUCUGUAGAUCGUUUCUGCUGUGCAGUACUGCCACCAGAAGCACAUUGUUCAUAGAGACCUGAAGGUAAGGACCCAGUGAGGGUGGGGGAGGGGUGUGUGUGGGGGGGAGGAUGAACUCAGGUGGCCAGAGGCGGGGCUUUUACCUGCUCACAUGUUUUCUAUUGCACCACAUACUCACUUAAAAUGCCAUUCCAUUUAGCCAGCCUCCGUUAUGCUGCCACAUGUAGAAUAAAUAUUGAUGCUCCUGUAUUUUUAUCUCGGAUAGCGUGAGGGGGUCGACCUCAGUGGGAGUUGCUCUGUUCAGAGCUCCCAUCUCCUUUCCGGCAGCAGCGUGUCCAUACUGCGUUUCCUUUCUAGAGCUUCAUGAAUGAUCCAUGAGGACAGAGAUGUAAGAGCAGAGAGCAGCCAUCACCCUGUGUGUUUGUGCCACUGGAGAAAGAGGGAAACACAGUUAAACUUUAAACAUGACACUAACUUUGACUUGUAGAGCACUUUGUUUUGUGAGGGGGUUUUCUGUAGAGGGAUCAGUAGAUAUUUUUUUGCCUUUGACAUCACUACCUCUAAUUGGAACUCGACUGUCAUCAUGGAUCUUUGUGGGUUAUUCAAAUUUGUCAUGCUUUUACCUGUGACCCAGGUGGUCUGUUACCUCUAUCUCUCAAUCUGACGUCCCAGCUAUCUCUCACCUCAUCCCUCCAUUCUUCUCUCCCUUCCCCUCCUGUGUCUCUAGGCAGAGAACCUGCUGCUGGAUGCAGACAUGAACAUUAAGAUAGCAGACUUUGGCUUCAGUAAUGAGUUCACCAUGGGGAACAAGCUGGACACGUUCUGUGGCUCCCCACCCUACGCCGCCCCAGAGCUGUUCCAGGGGAAGAAGUACGAUGGGCCCGAGGUGGACGUCUGGAGCCUGGGGGUCAUCCUCUACACACUGGUCAGCGGCUCGCUGCCCUUCGACGGGCAGAACCUCAAGGUAUGUAGAAAGACUCAUAAAAAUACUUCCAUACUCAGUUCCUUUGUCUGUGGGAGAUUCAUAGUCAGUGAAACAUAUGGGUAAAACUUGAGAUAAGAUGUCCUCACUCCCUGUCUUACUCACUCUUUCUCCCUGUCCGUCUCUCUGUAGGAGCUUAGGGAGAGGGUUCUGAGGGGAAAAUAUCGUAUCCCCUUCUACAUGUCCACAGACUGUGAGAACCUCCUCAAGCGCUUCCUGGUGCUCAACCCGGCCAAGCGGGGGACUCUCGAGGUGAGGGAGGACAGCGAAAACGUAAAUAUUCAACACUUUAUUCUCUCUGCCAUGGCAUGACGGCACUCCAGAGCAUUCUCUCCAUCCGCCUGCUAUAUAUCCAUCCACCUGCCAUCUCUCCGUCCAUCCACCUCUCCGUUCCUUGGCCCGGCAUCUGCUUGGCCCGGCCACCACUCUCUUUUUGUGCUGAUUACAUAUUCUCCCUUCUCUCUUCUCUGUUGGCACAAUCCAUAAUUCAUGAUCACUCUUGUUUUUAUCUUUCUUGUUUUCUGAGUUUUAGGCAGAGAGAAAUGCAGGCACAGCACAGAGAUGUCUUGGUUUCUAUGUGAUCACAUAAUGUGUGCUCACAUCCAUCCUCAUCUCUCUUGACAUUAGAAGUUCAGAUUAGAUACAGCCCUGCAUUGAAAGAUGUCAUUUAGAACAGAUAUCGGGCUCGUGGUUGUACAUUUCCUAUUAUCAUUAUCUUAUUAAACCCAUUGUACAAGAUGUUCCGAUUGAUUGGUGAGUUUGUUUGUGAAUUAGAUUAGACUGACUUUAUGGCGAUUCAGCUUUCAAACAGUGAAGCGUCGAUUCGAAUCAAAAUCUAUAUUUUUCAAGGAAACCACAAUUACAUUUGUUAUUUGAGUUCAAUGAGGUGAAAUAAGUGAAGCUUUAAGUGGAUUUAAGAAAGCACAACUAAGUCCCCCCCCCCCCUUUAUACCCUGUAUUAAGAGGCCCCAGGCCUGUAUUAUAAAUACAUUUUUUUUUUUUUUUUCAGGAAAUCAUGAAAGACCGCUGGAUCAACGCAGGAUCGGAGGAGGACGAGCUCAAGCCUUUCAUAGAACCAGAACAGGACAUCACAGAUCAGAAGAGAAUAGGUACUAAGAGGAGAAAACUGCUCUUGUUAUUGAGCUUCACAAACUCUAAAGUGUGUAGGCAGCAGCACUGCAGCAUAAUCGCUCUCAGUAUUUAAGCACUUUACAGUUUUGAAAAUAAAAAGUUGAAACGCAGCAUAAACGCUGCUUCUGCAGGAGCCUCUGAGAGAGGGAGAGACACAUGAGACAGAGAGAGCCUCCACAUCUUGCCCUGGAUAAAAGCACUAAGGGGGAGAGGGAGGGGGAGAGAGGGUGUACAUGCUGAAAGAUGUCCUCUGUAGUGUGGGGGUAUUGCAUAACAGCAGCUGGGAUCUCUGUCAGAGCACGUUGGUUAGAGGGAGCUGCCAGUCACCUAGCGCAGAGAGAGAAAGAGAGCGGGCGGGAGGGAGAGAUGAAAUGGAGCACAUGUUUCACUGAGGGCUCUGUGGUCUAGUGGAGAGAGAUCACGUUUCAGGGUGUUCCUCAUCCCGUUCACCCAGUGGAGAAGCACUGAUUCCUCAGUGGGUUUAGUGAAGCCUGAUCUGCCAAAACACAUUGAUUGGGGAGCACUGUAUAGCCUAGUGGGGAGAUCGAGGGAGCUGAUGUAUGAUGGAACUGCAGCUCUGGGAGCUUCCCCACCUGGCAUGCUCCUCUCAAUGUGAUGCAAGUAGCACAGUGGGGGUGGAAUCACCCCAUCUUCCACUGCCUCCCAACCGAUCACUUCCACCCCCGCUGUGCUGCUUGCAUCACCUGUCCUCCUCUGCUGAAGGAUGGGGCGAGAGGCAGGAGGGGGCCGGGUGAUAACACCUGAGCUAGAAUGCAUUGCUGACUCACUCGCAUGAUGAGGUUGCUGCUACAUUUAAUAAGUGGUGAAAAAGCUCUUGUCGUUAUGGUGGAAUAGGAAGAUGUAAUACAUGUUUGCUUUAAAUGAGUCAGAGGAGCAAGUGUGCAUACUUGCUUAUGAAUUGUUUAUAUCUAUGUAGAACACACUAAGGAUGUGGGCUGCUAUUGGUUGCUGAUACUGGCGAAUAAAGACCUUUCUGGUAUUAUGGCAGCUAUUUUGGGUUGCAGGAUUGGGGUCAAUUCCAUUAAAUGAAAAGUCCCUUAAAAUAAGAAAGUUGUUGACAGUGGUUGUAGAGGCCAGGGCUGUGUAUUUGAACCCAUGUCUCUGUGCUGUACCAGAUGUGAUGGUGGGGAUGGGCUUCUCUCUAGAGGAGAUCCAGGAGUCUCUGGCCAAGAUGAAGUAUGAUGAGAUCACCGCCACCUACCUGCUGCUGGGGAGGAAGUCUUCUGAGGUCAGAGCAACAUUAUGGAUAGGUGUUGAUGUCUUUGGUCUAGUGCUUAGUAUAUCCAUUAGUAUCUAAUAUUUUUAAUGUGUGUGUUUGUGACCUUUGACCCCUAGCUGGAGCCCAGUGUUUCAACCUCCAGCAGCAACCUGUCCCUGGCUAAGCCACGGCCCACCAGCGACCUCAAUGGCCAGUCCCCCUCCCACCUCAAAGUCCAGCGGAGCAUCUCCUCCAGCCAGAAACAGAGACGAUACAGUGACCAGGGUGAGACACUCUAUCAGUCAGUCAUUAACAACCAUUUAGAGGGAAUUCUCAUCUUUGACAAAUGCUUUUCAACUCCAACGUGAAGCCAAAGAUAUUCAGUUCUAUGCAGGUCAAUAAUGUUUAUUUCUAUCUCUUCUACCAUUUCCUCUAUUCCUCAUCUUCUCUCUCUUCACCAGUGGGUCAGAACGUUCCCCCAGGUUCAGGACACCCUAAGAGGAGCCAGACCAGCACGGCCGAAAACAACAUCAAAGAGGAGGGAGGGGUGCAGCUCCGCAAACCCUACACCCCCGGGGGGCGCAGUGUCCCCCCCUCCAGCCCCUUGCUGGGGAAUGCCAACAAUCCCAACAAGGCUGAUAUUCCCAAUGGCAAGAAGGGUGCUACCACCGUUCCCAAUGUGAGUGUCUGCUAUUCCAUCCCAUUAUCAAUUGUAUAACAUAUUCUUACACUUGAAGUGGGGAUGAAACCUCCAUUCCGAUUUGAUGAUUUGUGCUGAAUCAGCGUUUCUGUUCCACCCUGCAGAAUAACACUGGCUCUGACGGGAUGACGAGGAGAAACACGUACGUGUGCAGCGACAGGAACGUUACGGACUGUCUCUCUGUCAUUCCCAAUGGGAAGGAGAACAGGUAAGGAACAGGCUAGAAUUUUACUGUGUUCCCUGGCUGCCUGAACUAAACCCCUAGUGGCCCCUUUCAAAGGAACCCUCCACAUGGCAUCAGCAUUCAACACGGCACCUUCUCUGUUCCUCCCCCCAAGGGCAUAGAGGAGAGAACUAUGUGUAGUAAUACUGUUAUUAUUGAGAUAAGUUAUUGAAGAAAAACAAGCCCAGGCCUCCAGGGGAGAAAUAUCCUCCAUUUUGUGCUCCUAUCUACUUUCCCCCCAUCACUUUUUUGGCCCCUUUUUUCCCCUCUUUUAUCUUUCUGGUUUCUUCGUGGUCUGGUCGUGUCCCAGUAUGACCGAAAUGUAUGCCUGUGUGAUGAUUAUCCCGUCCUCUGACUUUGCCCCCGUGUUGACUGGCUCAUCCACCUCGGUCCAGCUGAGGUACCAGGCCUCUGACCCUCUGUCUCCCUGCCCCUCAGACUCAGACUUAGGCUGGGCCACGCUGCCCCACUCCCACUGCACUCUGGACUUCUACAGGCCCAAGUAAGACAGCAGGCAGGGCCUCCAACUGUCUGUCUGACCUCUCACCUCCCACGUGUAGACCCGUCUCACUGUCUCAGGCCCUCUCUAACCCACGAAAAGGCUCCCACAUCCACAUCCAUCCCUUUCAUGGACUCCAUCUCUAACCGUUGUGAUGACGACAUCUCUCCCUCUCUCUAACCUCUUGUAGGAGACAGACCCACCCUUUAUUACACACACACCUCUGUUCCCUAAUCUCUCCUUCAUCCUCUGCUUGGACCUGGGAGCCCUGGUCCGGCCCUGGUCCGGCCAUGGUCUGGCCCUGAUCCUGGUCUGGCACUGGCAGCUCCACCAAACACCUCUGGCUCGACUAUCCAAACCUGUGUCAGUCACUCCAUGUUUCACCAAACAAGUUUUCCUCUCUUUGUUUAGUUCUAUCUGGAUAUUAGGACUCCAACUCACUUUAACAAUAUCACACUAUAGUGAACUACUAGAAUGACUCUAAAUGAACAUUGACACGGAUUAGAUGUAAUUUUGGAGUUUAGGACUUGAAGGUAAGGUUCUGGUGGUAUGAUAAUGGCCCAGCUGGUGAUACUAUGUAUAGAACUGGUAUGUACAGCCAGGUGUUUGUCUGUCUUCUCCGUCUGAUCUCCUCCCUCCGUUCUCCCUGCAGUGUGGCCGUGUCUCCUGGCCAGCGGAAUCCCGUGGCGUCCACCCACAGCAUCACCAGCGCCACCACGCCGGACAGACUACAUUUCCCACGAGGCACGGCGAGCCGCAGCACCUUCCACAGUGGCCAGCUGAGGGAGCGCCGCACGGCCACCUACAACGGGCCCCCAGCCUCACCCACCCUGUCCCACGACGCAGCGCCCCUUUCCCAGACCCGCAGCCGCGGCUCCAGCAACCUCUUCUCUAAACUCACCUCCAAACUCACACGCAGGUAGGUGUCAGGAACUACAGCUCCAUGCCACUCAAGUCAACUAUGAGUCCAAGCCCCUAAAAUAUACUAUGACUAUAUCUAGCUAUAUGUUUUUUUUUUUAUCCUUCUGAGUGGGCUUUGAACGCCAUGCUUUUUAGCAUCAUGAAUCACAUUGUGUGGAACAUUCACAGUCCUACUAACAAUAGAUUGUUCCAAAAGCACUGAUAACGUAGCCUGGGUGCCAGCCUGAGAAAGACAUCAAAUUAAUCAUACCUCAAGUGUAAACCAGCAGGGAAAACCCAAUUUGAGUUUUUGUCCAGACUGAGUAGAGUGAACACACAUCUCAGACGGGCAGCCAGGCUGCUGUCAACAAUUCGUGGAUCUCCCAAGACUAACCUGACAAUAGGAAUAGAAAUCAACAUCUGUCAUUUUAACCUUCUCCUCCUCACAAUUCCAACCACCCUGUUUCUGUUCACUUAUUUCAAGUUGCAACCAAUCAUCUUCUUUCAGUUUCUUGCCUCAUUUCACUUUCUUUGUGUUUCCUGAUUCUGUUGUAGAAACAUGUCAUUUAGGUUUACCAAAAGGUAGGACCCCCUUUUACCUUCAAUUAAUCAACUAAAACUUGCAAUUAAUCAACUAAAACUUGCAAUUAAUCAACUAAAACCAAUAAUAGGACAAGCUGGAACUGACAAACUAACAUACUGCUUAGAACCUCUAUGCUUUGUGACUGUGAUUGGUCUUAGGCUUCUAGAGUUAACGAUGGGGUAGAUUGUAAGGGCAGUGUUGCCCUCUCGAUUUGUCAGUUAGUUAAAACAUCCAUCAACAGCCAACAGAAAGCUUAACACUAAUCAAUCUCCAUUGCAUGCGGUGGGGACGGGACUGCUUACAUAGUUGCUAUUGACUCUGAUUUGUUUUUCACAAAGUAAAGCUUGAUCAGUAUUGAACUGUUGUUCCAGGUAAGUUUGUGUGUUUUAUGUAGACAGGUCUGUGCUUGAAAGGUAGACAAAUUCUAUUAGUCUAUUCUAACUUGUCUGGAUCUCUGUCCAUCAUUGGAUUUUGCUGUAUGUUAUUAGUUGUGACCAAUGCUCCCUAUAAUAACUGUGCUGGCUUGUAGGAAUGUGAUCGGCUUUGUGAUGUGGCGACGCAGGAUAUAGAGUAUUCUGAUAAGAGUUAUUGUUCAUAAGGCUUUGGGAACUUCAGUUUGUGCAAUAUUGGUUUGUGGAGUCGUGUGCACUUGUUGUGAACCGAGAGUGUUGUGAAAUGCUUUUCGUGAACCAGGCGUUCUGAUGAGCAAGAUCAGAGGGAUUUAUGUCUUGAUACAUCAAUUUGUAAACAUUUACAAGCAGAUGGUCUGGCAGUUCAGGAUAUGUUGUUUACAAAGCUGGGACAAAAGGCAAAGCUCUCCCAUCAUACCUCCUCUUCAGACAUAACCUUUUGUUCUUCAGUCUGAUGUAGUGACACACUGACAUCUUGUGGCUACCAGGAGUUCUACAUCUCAGGAAGUUGUCACCUUUUGCAACCCUUCCAUAUUUUUUCAUUCACCAUGUCCUUGUCACUCAUUUCUUUUCACUGUUGAUUCUUAUUUCUGCACAGAGUAACAACAUCUUGGAAACGAUUGGUUUAAGUAUAGGGAAGUAAGUCUUAGCAGGAAGUCUCUUGUCUCAGUAGUAGGCAAUGCGCUUUGGUCUCUCUGUGCCUUCCCUUCACUCUUCUCCUCGUUAUUGUACUGCUGUGUGCCAAUGUCUCCCUGACCUUUCUGUGCCCUUUAACCUUGGACCUUUCACUGCUCUUCCUCCCUUCAGGGUCAGUAUUGACCCGGCCAAACGGCAGACGGCCAAAUCAGGGCCUGCCAUCCCUUCUGCCCAGGGAGCAAAGACUCUUAGUAAGUCUUCUGUUCACCCAUCUCUCCUCUUCUCUUCUCCCCCUCCCUCUACCUCCUUGUCAUCCUGGCAUUAUCGGCCUGUGAUCAUGUCGUACAUCAAGUUUCUUUCUUUCUCUCUUUUCAUGUAUCCGUAAAAAAUACACUUUUUUUCAGAAUCCAUCUUUUCUUCCAGAUUCAGCAGCGGAAGAUAUAGAGAAUUGUAGGAAGUCGCAGAUGGAGACCUAGAGUAAGGGAUCAUUUCAACCCUUAUGACCCCACAAGAGUUAGUGUGUCAGAGUUCUGUGUGUAGAGAACUAACUUAUACACACCCCAACACAGGAAACAUUCCCCUUCUCUCCAAUAUGUGUAUGUGACAGACACACUCCCAGCACCUCUCCCUGUCCCAGAUACAGUCUCAGACCUUUUUGUGUCCCUCAUCCCCCUGGCUAGAGGCUGAUAUCCUUCCUCUACCCUCCUGUAGAAUCAUUUCAAGGCUAGUCUGCAUGUGUGGAGCCCAAAACUCAUUAGGGUCUAUGGACCUGGUAUGCAGUCCCUGUCUACUAUGGCCCUAUGACUGGUUGCCUGGUUGCCUGAUUGUCUUUUAAACCAAACCCCCUCUUCUUUAAACAUAUCCAGUGUCACGUCGAGGGAAGAAACAUAGGACUAGAGUACCGCUGUCCUGCUGUCUGUCAACCUCUAGAGUAGACCGCAUGAGUCCUCCCACAAUAUCCCCAGUCUGCAUGCACUGACCCUAAUGCUGCGUUCGUAAUCAAGUGGGAGGUGGGAAUUUACCAGUUGUGAAGUCGUAGACAGUUUGAUGCAUUCACAUGAUUUUAACUAAUUGAGAAACGCUGAUUGGCUAAUGGCCAACAAGCUGAGUAAACCAUAAACUAAAAGUACAGCUAUCAUGCUUGUAAACAAAUGAUAGUGUUAAAAAAACAUAUUAAUAGAUUGCUUUUUAUAAAUAAUGUUUUGUUGCAUUUAAUUGCCGAAAAUGCUGUUAUCGAGGUCAUUUAUUUAGAAGGUGAUGUCAUAGGUCAGCAUGUGAGAGAAGUGUGAGCUCAGGAUGGUAGACAAGUUUCCCACUAGUAAUCUCCAGUUGAAGGUCCAUUGAAGUGGAUGUUUUCCAGUCGUAUGCGGUAAAUUCCCACUUCCCACUUGGUUACGAACGCAGCUCAAUACACAACGUGUGCGUGCAAGGGUGUGGGUGUGUGGACUGUAGUUCCACUGUAUGAUUUAGUUUUUGUCGUAUUUGGGUGAAUCUCUUCUCAUCACCAAGCAUACCCAAGCUGUCAUACCGUCAUUCAACACAUUUCCAUUCCUGUAUCCCCUUGCUCUGUCGUCUGUUGAAGCACUUUUUUUGUUCCUUUGCGCUCAUUUUUAUUUUGUGUUAAAGAAGCAAGAAAGUGUGAACACCAGCGACACUGAUCAGUUUGACCAGUGCAAAGGCUCUCUUUUUCCGUUGAUACUCUGAUUUCUGCGCAGGUUUCAUGUCAAAACUUCCAUAAUGAGGUUAUAGUUACUUGGUGGUGGCUUUCUUGUUUUUAUAACUCAGUAUAAUAUACAUGUUAUAUAUCUGUUAAUAUAUAUUCACAGUAUAUAUCAGUGUUAUCUGUUGUCCUUGAAAUUGCAAAAUACUCUCUUCGGAAGUCCACAGUUUGUGUUUUUUCUCUUUUCUUCUAAUCUUGCUCUGCUCCCUCAACUGUCACAGAGUCUCAACCGAGUUUGAAAGAAACGGGAGAUUUGAGGGCUCAAGGUGAGGUGUAGGUUGUUGCUUUCUCAGCCUGAUAUUCCUGUGACUACAGGCUUGAUAUCACUUCAGUCGCAGCUCUGUUCUCCAUUCAUAGGGUUUACCCUUGCCUCACCUUUUCCCCAUGGAUGUGGUCUCUGUAUGUGACGUAGGGUGUGGUUAUUUCAGAUCCUUAUGGUUUCCUCAUUGAGUGUUGUGCCCUGCUGUGGUUGUGCUUCUCCUAGUGUGCAUGGUGCUUCGUUUGUGUCCUGCAUGACCAUCUGUUUAUUGCAUGCUUUGCUAAUUGACCCUUUGAUCAACACCUUGCAUUAUUUUGUCUAUUAAUGGAAGACCCUUUAAAACAGAUUGAAGUAAAUACUCCGUCAUACACAGAUAUGACAAUGCCAAAUCUCUGGGAAAAUGCACAGCUUUAGUGAAUUAAACUUUUUCUCUGUUUAUCUCCUUCCUACCAGUCGCCAUGUACCUGGGGAUCAGAAAGGGGAAAAUAAAGACAGUAAACCCCGCUCCCUCAGAUUCACUUGGAGUAUGAGGACCACCAGCUCCAUGGAGCCUUGUGACAUCAUGCGGGAGAUAAGCAAGGUGCUCGAGGCCUACAACUGCGACUACGAACAGCAAGAGUGUUUCCUGCUGCUCUGUGUCCAUGGCGAUGGACAUGCUGAGAACCUUGUCCAAUGGGAGAUGGAGGUGUGCAAACUGCCCCGCCUCUCCCUCAAUGGCGUGAGAUUCAAGAGGAUAUCAGGCUCAUCCAUCGCUUUUAAAAACAUUGCUUCCAAAGUCGCCAACGAGUUAAAGCUAUGA